UUGGAUUUUUGGACAAGUCAGGUUGGCGUAGCGUAGCGUUGGUCAUUCUAUCUUUUGUUUUUGGUUUAGUAUUAGUAUUAGUUUCUUUUGUUCUACGGUUUCAAGUUGUAGUAGUGUUUUUAGCUCUUAUAGUUGAUCUUUCCGUUUUCUGUAUUCUUCACCAUGAAGACGCUAAAGCUUAGUUUGCUUUUCAUUGUAUUUUUCAAGGCUUGCAUCUCCGCUCAAGAAAGAAAGCUGUCGACUUUUGUGAACCCGGGCUGUGCUCUGCCUGCGAGUGGCUGUGACGACCUGUUGCUAGUUCACAUCAGGUCAGAGGGCGCCAACGACACUCUGCAUCACAUCUGGGACGUCAGCCGGCAGCCUUCGCUGAUGCUCGCUCUCACCGACCGCAACUGCUCACUGCUCGUCAACUGGACCAGCUACGCUUCCAAUCAUGUCGCUCACUCCAUCUCGUUCACCAGUCAGCCCAAAUACGUGAUAUCGGUGGUCGUUGAUGCUAUAAUUGAAUUUAACGACACUGACGACAUGGGAAAGUUGGACGUGAGCAAUGCGGAGGCUGAUUAUGUGCGACUGAUGAAGACCGACCAAGUGAGCUGGAAAAUGGUGCAGCCAAUGACCAACGACACAAACACUGUGCUGCUGGCUGUGGAGGGUCACCCGAACAACACCGACACCAAUGUCACGGCGCCCAUACAGAUUUCGAUGGGCGCAUUUGGCGGUGUGGAGCGAGGCAGUCGACUUCCGCACAUGCUGCACUCGGCCAACAUGUCUCAGAUGGACAUCACUCUGGACCACCUGGCGACAAGGGGAGAGCGCUCGCGGCUGGGUGUCAGCCUAGUGGUGGUCACCUCCAGCCCCAACCAGCCUCUCUCCUACCACGACAAGGCAGCCAUUGAUGACGAGUAUGCACCCGGUGUCUUCAAGAUGGUGGAACUGUUGUCAGCCGGGGCCCGAGAACAGAAAUUCGAGCCGCUAGAUAAGGCCGCUGAAGCUGCGGCUGCCACGUCGUCGUCGCCCAUCCAAUAUGGCGGCUACCUGCAGUGGCGGCCGAUCGCGUACACGGCGCCGACACGCGACGACUCGCAAGCGACACGUGCUACUCACUACGGCAUUGCGCAUGCGCCCACCGCCGACGCCAUCUUGCCGUUCAAACUGUUUGGCAACGACAGUGGCGCGCUCUACCAGACCACCAAUGUCACUUUCGGCCAGCCAGAGGACGGAUUCUACAACAAAACGCGAUUUGCUUCAUGGUCAGUCACUCAUCAUCUAUCUAUAAUUCUGACCUUUUAUAAAUUAUGAAUACAAGUGUGAAUU